AUGACAAAAGGGAAGAAAAAUUCUAAAUUUGCUCCAGCAUCAUUAUCUGAACAAACAGUGUGUGAGAAAGCAAGGCAAAAGAAUUUAGAAAAACAUGCUCAGAGAUUUAGGGAGUUUGGGCUAGAGAAAUAUGCUAUUCAACUAGAGGCAAAGAAUAAGGCCCUUAGACAAGAGAAGGAGAACAUCAACCCUCGAAAGAAUGACCAAGAUUACGUGCCCGAAAGUGAAAGUGAUGACGAUGAGUUUGGUAUUUCUCAAGAUGCAAAUUUAGUAACACAAGCUGCAACGUCAAAGAAGAAAGAAAGGACUAGAGUACAACCUCCUCGUAAGAAUAAGAAGCAGCCACUAUGUCCGGCAAUGGAAAUGGAUGAUUACGUUAUGAUGCAGCAAAAUAUGAAUCCAAGUGCUAAAAAGAAAGGUCGUGGACCGACUAAUAUGUUUGAUGUCCAUUCUCGCAAAUUGGAAGCCCGUGUUCCUAUCUAUUGUAAUGACAAAGGACAACCUAUUGGUCCAGAAAAAGAUAGGAAAGAGCUUACUCGGUUCUUAGGAACUAUUGCUCAUGACUACAAUUGGGCCCCUUUAACUUACACAAAUUGGAAAAAAGUUCCAAACAAGGACAAAAUAUGGGAGUAUGUGAAAAGCAAGUACAUCCUUCCACCUGAAUCUGAAGAGUGGGUAUAUGAAACCCUUGAUCAAUCUUGGAGAGGAUUCAAAUGUAGGCUUAAAAAGAUACAUUAUUGUGCAUAUGACAGCUAUGAGGAGAGAUUGGAACAUCCGCCGGAGAGAGUGCCUGAAGCACAUUUCAAAACACUUCUAGCUUAUUGGGAGACUAAUGCAGCAAAGAAAACAAGUUUGCAGAAUUCGGAAAAUUGCAAAGAGCAAGAAAAUAUGCACACAGUUGGUCCGGUGUCAUUUGCCAUGCGUUAUGACAAGAUGUUGCGUGAAAAUGGUAAGGCACCAUCAAAAAGAGAGAUGUUUGAAGAGACUCGUCAUCGAAAAGAAGGAAAAGUUUAUGAUCGACCUUAUGAUGAUACGCAAAAGAAGAUACAAGCCAUGCGGGAACUGGAGGCAUUACAAGCUGAUCAGAAUAGUGAAUCUCAUAAGGAUUCAUUUGAUGAAGUGAUGGGAAAUGCACCAGGUUCAAAAAGACUACAUGGACUAGGUGUGUCCCGUAAGAUGCAAAAAGAUAUAAAAUCAAGUACAUCUUUAAUAUUGUCAGACAAGGUCAUGGACUCUAUCAAAAAAGCUGUAACUGAAGACGUGCAAAAGGAUAUUAUCACUCAAAGAGAGGAAUUUGCAAAGGAAAGAGAAGCUCAUGCUGCUGAAAUGGAAAGAAUGUCAAAGGAAUUUGAGUUCCAAGCCUCAAAAUUACAAAAUAUGAUCAAGGAACCAGAAGAACCUGAAACUCUUGAUUCAAUCGCUGCUUCACUUGGUCGACUACGGAAAAAGGACCCUACCUUGACUGCAGAAAAGAUUGCAGCAGUUUUGGUGUCUACCCUUUCAAGUGAUGCAUAAAUAAUUUCUACAGACCACUCUCUUUAUUGGUCAUGGUUAUAUAUAGGGUGGUAGAUAGAAGGAGAAUGGUAGAUAAAAGGAUGGCAAGAAGGGCAUAUAUUGAAUUUUUUUGGACUGAUUUUUGGCAAAUAAAUUAAAUACUAGAUAGCUUUUAGAUUGCUUGAACCAUUAGUUUUUCGAGAUUCAUUAGUUUUCUAAUUGAUGUAUUUAUAAAUUAACACUUGUUUUUGUUAUUAGAAUGAUUGUUAUGGAUAUUUUAUUUUAAUAAUAAGUAGAACUUGAUUUCAAAUAAAUGUUUUCUAUUUAUA